AUGAAGAAGCACUACUAUACCAUUCUUUCUCUAUUAGAAAAAUGCAAAACCAUGAGUGAACUGAAACAAAUACAUGGGGUGAUGGUCACUAGCUCAGUCAUUAAGAAUGUGAUCCCAUUGAGUAGGGUUAUUGAUUUCUGUGCUAAUUCUGAAGCUGGAGACAUCAGCUAUGCAAAGUCGGUUUUUCGACGAAUUGAGCAGCCCAGUGUCUAUAUCUGGAACUCAAUGAUCAGAGGGUACUCGAAUAGCGAGAACCCGGUUGAGUGUUUGGUAAUGUAUAGAGAAAUGGUGCAUAGAGGUUAUGCCCCUGACCAUUUUACAUUUCCAUUUGUGCUCAAAGGGUGUUGCAUCGUCAGUGAUGUUCAUUAUGGGAAAUGUGUUCAUGACUGCAUAAUGAAAACUGGGUUUGAGUUGAAUGUGUAUGUCUCUGCUGGUUUACUCAAUAUGUAUGCUUGUUGUGCAGAUAUGGAAUCUGCACAGAAGGUGUUUGAUAAAAUGCCCAAGUGGAAUGUAGUUGCUUGGACUAGUCUGAUUUUCGGGUUUGUUGGGAACAAUCAAGCUAGUGAGGCUGUAAAGGUGUUCAAGGACAUGGAACUUUGUAAUGUCGAGCCUAAUGAGAUUACUAUGGUCAAUGUCUUAGUUGCUUGUGCUCGAAGUAGGGAUAUUGAUAGUGGGAAGUGGGUUCACAGUCGUAUUCGCCAACUUGGGUUUGAUCCGUUCGGUUUGAGUUUUGAUUUUAAUGUGAUUCUUGCAACUGCCAUUGUAGACAUGUAUGCAAAAUGUGGCAGCUUGAAGACAGCAAGGCAUCUGUUCGACAAGAUGCCUGACAGAAACUUGGUUGCCUGGAAUUCCAUGAUCGGUGCCUACAAUCAAUAUGGCCAGGGUGAUAAAGCGGUUGAUCUGUUUUUUGAUAUGCGGCAUGCUGGGUUUGUUCCGGACCAAACUACCAUAUUGGGUGUGAUUGGUUCUUGUGCGCAGUUGGGGGCUUUGGCAUUGGGACAAAGUCUUCAUUCGUGUGUAUCAAAAACUGGCAUAGGCACAAAUGCUUCUAUUGUAACUGCUUUAGUGGACAUGUAUACAAAAAAUGGGGAUGCAGGCAGUGCUCAACGAAUUUUUGAGAAUUUGCAGAAGAAAGAUGUAAUGGCAUGGACUAGUAUGAUUGUCGGAUUAGCUAUGCAUGGGCAUGCUACAGAAGCACUGCAUAAUUUUAGAAAAAUGCAAGAGGAUGCUAGUGUUAUUCCAGACCAGAUCACUUAUAUUGGGGUUUUAUGUGCGUGUAGCCAUGUUGGACUUGUGGAGGAGGGUCAGAGACACUUUCGCUCAAUGGUAGAUGUUUAUGGCAUAACACCAACUGUAGAGCAUUACGGCUGCAUGAUUGAUCUUUUGAGUCGUGCAGGCCGGUUUGAAGAGGCGGUGAGACUACUGGAAAAAAUGCCAAUUCAACCCAAUAUUGCAAUAUGGGGAGCUCUCUUAAAUGGGUGUGAGAUAUAUGAAAAUGUAGAUCUAGCUAACAAAUUUAAAAGAUACAUAACAGAGUUGGAGCCUCGUUUUAGUGGAGUUCUGGUUCUUCUUUCCAACAUAUAUGCUAGGGCUGGAAGAUGGCAAGAAGUAAAGCUGACAAGAGAAUUGAUGAAAGAUAGGAGGAUUGCUAAAAGUCUUGGAUGUAGUUCAGUUGAAAUGAAAUUGUUAAGCUCAUAAUGCAUUGUCUUUGUCCAACGUUCUUCAGAUU